GGGACCUAGGCCGGCGGGGGGGAGGAGCUGCCAGCUCUCCCCGGAGUGGUGCUGGGCUGGGCUUUGACGUCAUUCUUGGCAGUGUCUGUCUGCACAUGGCUGGGCGAAUGAGCUGAGCGGUGUGUGUCUGGGCGGAGGACGCAGCUGCCUGUGGUGGUGGUGUUGGGUUGGUGUGUGGGAAAGGGGGCAAGAGCAGAAGAGGCUGGGGUAGCGCUGGCCAGGCCUGCUCCAACCAGCUGUAACUUCUGCCCUCCCCGCCCCACACCCCCAGCUCCAGCGUCACUGAGGAUUUCUGUUUCAGAGGAGCAGCCGUGUUAGUCUGUAUCCGCAAAAAGAACAGGAGGGCUCGUGGCGCCUUCGAGACGAACAAGUUUAUUUGAGCAUCAGCUUUCGUGAGCUACAGCUUCGAGAUUUUUAGUCUUCUUUUAAAAGCGACAGAGAAAAUGUCUCGACCUCUCCCUUUGAACCCGACUUUCCUACCUCCGACUUAUGGGGUGCUGAAAUCCCUGCUGGAGAACCCGCUCAAGCUGCCGCUGAAUCACGAAGACGCAUUUGGUAAAGAAAAAGACAAAGAAAAGAAGCUAGAUGAUGACAGCACCAGCGCCUCAGUCCCACAGUCAGCUUUCUUGGGGCCAACGUUAUGGGACAAGACGCUGCCAUACGAUGGAGACACUUUCCAGUUGGAAUACAUGGACCUGGAAGAAUUCCUCUCAGAAAAUGGAAUUCCACCCAGCCCAGCCCAACAUGACCACAGUCCACACCAGCCAAAUCUCCAGCAAGCUACCUCAGCAGCACCCUCCGUCAUGGACCUCAGCAGCAGGGCAUCUACAUCAGUCCAUCCAGGCAUGGUGUCUCAAAAUUGCAUGCAGAGCCCAGUCAGACCAGGUCAUAUCUUGCCAACAAAUCGUAACACUCCAAGUCCCAUUGACCCUGAGACAAUCCAAGUUCCCGUGGGUUAUGAACCUGACCCCGCAGAUCUUGCUCUCUCCAGCAUUCCUGGCCAGGAGAUGUUCGACCCUCGUAAAUGCAAGUUCUCUGAGGAAGAGCUCAAACCACAGCCGAUGAUUAAGAAAGCCCGUAAAGUCUUCAUUCCGGAAGAUCUGAAGCAGGAUGACAAAUACUGGGCAAGACGUAGAAAGAACAAUAUGGCUGCCAAGCGAUCGAGAGACGCCCGGAGGCUGAAGGAAAACCAGAUUGCCAUCCGCGCCUCUUUCCUGGAGAAAGAGAACUCAGCCCUCCGCCAAGAGGUGGCUGACUUACGGAAAGAGCUGGGCAAAUGCAAGAACGUGCUGGCGAAGUAUGAAGCUCGGCACGGGCCUCUGUAAAUGGCUAUUUCCCCCCCCCCCUUCUUUUUUGUUGUGGGUUGGCAUUUUAAUAGCUGGACAAUGUGUUUCCUUUUUGAUAGUACCACACCCAAACCAACCUGUCUGUCAUCCGCACUUUACCAGAAGCAGAAACAAAACUGACUUACAUUAUUUUUCAUUUGUGUAUGCGUGUGUGUGCACAUUUCAGCACUUCCCUUUUUAAUGAAACCCUCUUCAAACGGUGACACAUUUUUACCUGGACUAUUAAGAACUGCCAUAGUAAGCUUUUACAUUUUUUUGGUCAAUGCUGCUUCUGAUUAGGAUUUUUAUGUUGUUCUAAACAGUUUCAUCCUCACAAUUUACUUGCAAAGAUCCCAGUAAAAAUAAACCAUAACAAUAAAAAAGGUAGAUCUCAGUUUUCAAGAGUAACAAGCUAUUGUUUAAUUUUGUCUAAUCUGAAAAGUUAACGUGCUAAUGAAGUGCACAAACAAUAAUUCAGUACCACACUACAGAAAUAUUAAUUUAUAGAUUGCUUUUGUUGUAUUUUAAGUUUUGGUGAUCGCUGUCUUCAGAUUUAAAGUGCUGUUAGACUGAGUUAGCUCUGUUUGGUAUAGAUCCCAAUAUGACUUACCUAUAUCUACUAAGUUUCCUUUUAUUUCCACAAACGCCAGAUAAACAGGAGUACUAUUAAUAGAAUACAGAGUGUGUAUUUUGCACUGUCUGUACCUAAAUCAAUAAUCCUAUUGUACACUAGCACAUGCUGCCUGGGUGUUCCUAGUGGACGUAGGAUGACUUCCCUACCUAAUAAUGUCUUAUAAAUAAAAGACCUAUUGAUAUAAGCAUGCUGAAAGCAUCCCUGGAACAGAAUGUGUGUAUGAAAGAGAGAGGACAAUUAGUUGAUAUAAGAACAAAAUUAAAAAGUAUCAGAUUUGAUGUUGAAAUUAGAGGAGUUUUUGUUUUAGUUUUCAUUUAAUUUUGCAUUGCUCGGCGUCCCAUUUUGUGAUUUAACUAACUAUUCAUUUUUCCACUUUUUGUAAUAUAUUUUCUGAGGAUUAUAUCUUGCUGUUUUAAAAUAAUUUUUAUUCAGUUAGAAGUCACUGUUUUGCAAACCCCACUUUUCCUAGUGAUGUUAUUUUGAGCAUGUCUUGAACUGAUCUGAACUUUAUUCUGUUUUCUCUCUAUCUGCUUUUGAACAUAUGUUCUGUUACAAAGUGGACUUCUGAAAACAAAUGUAAGAAACACUGGUGAAUUUCAGAAGGCAAUGGUGUUGUCAUAUACUGUGGUUAAUCCAAUCAAUUUAUAUGUUUACUAUAGACCAAAAGAAUAGAUAUUAUAAAAUGUAUAAAGUUUAUAGAGAAUAAUUAUAGUAUGGGGUGUUUUGUACAGUAUUUUUCAAAUACAAAUACUGACAGUGUAUUUUGAAAGACAUAUUAUAUAUAGCAAAGAAAAAGAAAAAGUUAUGCCAUGUUUAAAAUAUAUAGCAAAGAUAUAUAUUCACCAAUAUUGUACAGAGAGGAAGUGCUUUAGGUUUUUUGAGAUCUUUAAUAUUUUAAACCUACCACUGACACAUCAGCAUGUGAUGUGCAUUAAAUUAAAAUUUUCUGAAGGUAAUGUGGCUUGACAGGGUGCUUCAUAUUACUAAAAUAUUAAGAGGCUUUAUAAUUUUCCAUCCAAAACAUAUAAAGAAUCUGUUUGACACAGACAAAGCACAAUAUGAAGUUUAGUCAAAUAUGUAUUAGACAAUGCAAUAUUUUGUAAAGGCAGAAAAAUAAUGUAGACUACAAAAAAAAUCUCACGCUCAUUUCAAAUCUGCUGCUGCUAGAAUUUGUUUCCAUCUGAAAUUCUUAAUAAAUAGCCUUGGUCAUUUAUACACGUAUAUGUAUUGCAUACAUUUAUUUACAUGUGAGUAAAAUACGGUGCUACAUAUCUGGCUCUCACAGUUUUCUAGGGUUUUGUCACUUUUUUUUUUAAAUAAAAAGGGUAUUCAUUCCAGUAAAUCAUAUUUUUGCUUAAGGAAGUUGUUACAAAGGACUAAACAUUUUAUUCUACAUUAAACACAUCUUUUCAUCAAUGAGAUUUUUCCAUUUUUUUCCCCCAAAAUCCACAGGGUCCCUUAAUACUCGGUAGUUUCCUGUGGAUAGUUAAUUCUGUGGAUUGCAUGUCUGUGAGCUUCAGGAAGGGUCAGAGCAUAGAAAGUCAAUUAUUGUCCAGUCUAAACCAGAUGGGCUGUGUGGAAUAUGUAUUUGGCCUGAAAGUGUUGGAUACAAGUUAAUAUAGCCACUGACCAGAAAACAAACUGAUUU